AUGCUUUCAAGAAAUAUCCUAUCCUGUGUUUCCACAACUACCACCCAUAGACUUCUCUGCGUCGAUGACUGCACCCUCAACACCCCCUUGGAAUGGGACAUGCAAAGGAGAAUAGACCUCUUCGACACCGCCUUUGACAAAUUCGGCCUGGUCAUUGACACGGAGACGGCUGCGGUUAUGCACCAAACGCCAAUCGACGUUGCCUACAACGCACCCCAAAUAAACGCGAACGACACCCGACCGCAAGUCGUGGACAACUUCACAUACCUAAACAGCACCCUCUCCCGCACCACCAAGAUCAGUGAUAAUGUGGCCCGCCGGAUUUUCAAAACCAGUCAAGCCUUCGGCCGUCUGCGAAGCACAAUCUGGAAUCGCCACGGUCUCAAUCUCAGCAUCAAGUUGAAGAUGUAUAGGACAGUCAUCCUGCCGACGCUGCUGUAUGGAGCGGAAACCUGGACGGUGUACAAGAAGCAGGCGCGAAGACUCAACCACUACUCCCUCAGCUGUCUCCGACAGAUAAUGAAGUUGGGGUGGCAGGACCAGAUCCCGGACACGGACGUACUGGAACGGACGGGAAUCCUCAGCAUCUACGCCAUGCUGAGACAACUUCAACUGCUUUGGAGCGGCCACCUCGUGCGGAUGGACAACGAGCGGCUACCCAAACGACUCUUCUACGGAGAUGUUGCCAUUGGUCCUCGCAGACGAGGAGGCCAAGUGCGUCGACACAAGGACACUCCUAAGACUUUCCUGAAGCGUAUAGAGAUCAACCCGGCCAACUGGGAAGACCUCGUCCGGGACCGACCGGACCUGAAGGGCGACAGUGAAGACAGGUAG